UACAGCGCAGACUCACGUCGGUUUAUUUGGUAUACAAACGGGCAGCAGGAAGCUCAGCUCAAAAUUGUCCGGAAGGUGUGAUGGAGUGGAAAGGUGUCUGAGGCCAGAGUACUGACCAGGGCAGUGCAGCCAUGACGGAGUGCUUCCUGCCCCCCAGCAGCAGUCCUGCGGAGCAGCGCAGGGCAGAGCACCCAGGGGGUGUGGCCCGCACCCCGAGCUCUGAAGAGAUCAGCCCCACCAAGUUCCCUGGUCUCUACCGCACGGGCGAACCGUCACCCCCCCACGAUGGACACCACCACGAGCCCCCUGAUGCCGUCUCAGACGACGACAAGGAACACAGCAAGAAGAAGAACAAGUUUAAGAAAAAAGAAAAGAGAACGGAGGGCUACGCCGCCUUCCAGGAGGACAGCUCGGCAGACGAAGCGGAGAGCCCGUCCAAGAUGAAGCGAUCCAAGGGCAUCCACGUGUUCAAGAAGCCCAGCUUCUCCAAGAAGAAGGAGAAAGACUUCAAGGUGAAGGAGAAGGGCCCCAAGGAGGACAAGGCCAAGGACAAGAAGUCCAAGGACCUGACGGCUGCGGACGUGGUCAAACAGUGGAAGGAGAAGAAGAAGAAGAAAAAGCCCACCGCAGAGGCCGAGCCGGUUCCCGUGGAGACCCCCACCCUCAGGCCCAUCUUCGGGGCCCCUCUUGCCGAGGCUGUGAAAAGAACAGCCCUCUACGAUGGCCUCCAGCUGCCAGCCGUUUUCAGGGAGUGCAUAGACUACAUAGAGAGCUACGGCAUGAAGUGCGAAGGGAUCUACCGCGUGUCAGGUAUGAAGUCCAAGGUGGACGAGUUGAAAGCCGCCUACGACCGCGAGGAGUGUCCUUGUCUGGAAGAGUACGACCCCCACACGGUGGCCAGCCUGCUGAAGCAGUACCUCCGUGAGCUGCCGGAGAACCUGCUGGGCCGAGAGCUGGCCCAGCGCUUUGAGGACGCCUGCAGUAGACAGGGCGAGGCGGAGAAGGUCACCGAGUUCCAGCGGCUUCUGACAGAAAUGUCCCCUGGCUGCAGGCUCAUUCUGUCCUGGCUGGUCACCCACAUGGACCAUGUCAUCGCCAGGGAGGCUGACACCAAGAUGAACAUCCAGAACAUCUCCAUAGUCCUCAACCCCACCGUUCAGAUCGGGAACCGGGUUCUCUACGUGUUCUUCACGCACGUGAGGGAGCUGUUUGGAGAAGUGGUGCUGAAGCCUGUGGUGCGCCCCCUGCGCUGGUCCAACAUGGCCGCCAUGCCGGCGCUGCCUGAGACCCAGGAGAGCAUCAAGGAGGAGAUACGCAGACAGGAGUUCCUGCUGAACUGCUUGCACAGGGACCUCCAGGCAGGGGUGAAAGACCUGUCUAAAGAGGAGAGACUGUGGGAGGUGCAGCGCAUCCUCACUGCUCUCAAACGCAAACUGAGAGAAGCCAAACGGCAGGAGUGUGAGAGUAAGAUCGCUCAGGAGAUAGCAAGCCUCUCCAAAGAGGACGUUUCCAAAGAGGAAAUGACUGAGAAUGAGGAAGAGGUGGUCAACAUCCUGCUAGCACAGGAGAAUGAGAUCCUGACAGAGCAAGAGGAGCUGAUCUCUCUAGAGCAGGUGCUGCGCCGGCAGAUAGCCACUGAGAAGGAGGAGAUUGAGAGGCUGCGGGCUGAAAUUGCUGACAUACAGAGUCGGCAGCAAGGCCGCAGUGAGACCGAGGAGUACUCCUCAGACAGCGAGAGCGAGAGUGAGGAUGAAGAAGAGCUGCAGCUGAUCCUCGAAGACCUACAAAAGCAGAAUGAAGAACUGGAGAACAAGAACACCCACCUGAAUCAGGCUAUCCACGAGGAGCAGGAAGCCAUCUUGGAGCUGCGUGUCCAGCUCCGUCUCCUGCAGAGCCACAAGCUGCAGCAGGAACUGACAGUCCCGCCUCCCUCGGAGCAGGCUCCACCCACACAGCCCAGCCCAGAGGCCAGGAAUGAGGAGCAGACCAAGCGCUCCAUGGCUCCUGUGACAACCGUUACAGAACAACCUGCCUCCACCAAUGGCAAGCCCUGCAAGGAUGCCGCUAAACCUUCGCCAAGUAAAGAUAGGAGGGAGACCAACCUGUGAAGUCUGCUCAUCUCUGUUCCCAUUUAGCCUACAUACAUACUGCUUUACAUUUCCAGCUGUUCAAAGCCCUAGGAAGUCAACAGCCACAUGUCUUCUAUCGGUCCACAAUUAGGCAAGUCAGUGCAUGCUAACUCCACAUAAGGUUGAAAACUGACCAAAGUUAUGAACUUGUUAUUUACCCAUGGCAUUUGGUAAAUAACCAGUGCAUAAUGAAAUUGCCUAUAGCUGACACGUCAAUGGAAUUGAGGCCAA